UCCUCAGAUAACUAGUUUUAUAAUUGCUAUCAUUAUAGUACGUGAAGUUAUAAAUAUUAAUAAACUUUAUCCAGAUCAUAACCAUUAAUUGAAUACACAUUAUGAUAUAAGAGAUCGAUCAUUCUCAAAUUAUAUUAUCUACGACAAAGCUGAUAUAUUUACUAUCUAUGUAUUUAUUUUCAUCUUCUGCAAGCUAUUAGUUCGGUAAGAUCAAUAUGAGGUGCCUGGUUUUGUUUUUGUGCGUUUACGUGGGAUCGGUUCAUAAUGCCAAAGUACUUUCCAUUUUUCCAAUGCAUUCUCACAGUCACUUUACUUUGGGCUUCAAUUUACUGCAAGAAAUGGCCAAGAGGGGACAUGAGAUUACUUUUAUAAGUCCAUAUCCGCAAGAGAAACCCCUGAAGAAUCUGAGGGACAUAUCGAUAGCUAGCAUAAAACCAGCAUUAGACGAAUUGAAGAAGGAGCUUUUCCGCUUAGAAAAUGUCUCGCCGAUCGACAACUUCCGGUACAUGUCCAAGAUGGGGAGGGCCUUCACCGAACUAGGGCUGGCAUCGGAGGAGGUGCAAAAUCUCCUGAAAUCCAACGAAACCUUCGAUUUGAUCCUCAUCGAGCACUUCUUCAACGAGGCGCAAUUCGCAUUAGGGCACCAUUUCAAAGCGCCGGUGGUGCUUUUAUCGCCCAUGCCUAGCUCGAUUUUGAACAAUCACCUCUUCGCAAACCCUUCGCCAUCCUCAUACGUUCAUAACCUAUUCGCUCCAUUCACCCAGUACAUGACCCUGUCCGAAAGACUGAUGAACUUCUAUUACGACACGAUGAUGACCAUCUAUCAGUAUUACGACGAGCUACCCGCUCAGAAGAGGAUCAUGGAGAAAUUUUUCCCGAACGCACCUCCCUUCGAAGAGAUCCUAUACAACUCCAGUCUUCUCUUGAUGAAUUCGCAUCCCAGCUUCAGCGAUCCUGUCCCUCAUAUGGCGAACAUAAUCGAGAUAGGAGGUUAUCAUGUCCUUCCUCCCAAAAAACUACCGCACGAUCUUCACAAGUACUUGAACGAGUCUAAGAACGGAGUGGUAUAUUUCUCCAUGGGGUCCAUAUUGAAGAGCCACGUUUUGACCGAGGAGAAGAGAAGAUGCUUCAUCCAGGCGUUUUCCAAGUUGAAACAGGACGUUUUGUGGAAGUUCGACGUGGAUAUUGAAGGGUUGCCUCCUAAUGUUAAAAUCUUGAAGUGGGCGCCGCAGAAUGAAAUUUUAGCUCACCCCAACGUCAAACUUUUCGUAACACACGGAGGGCUUUUGAGCACCAUCGAAACUAUUUACCACGGCAUCCCGACCAUCGGUAUUCCAGUCUUUAGUGAUCAAAAAUUCAACAUAGCAGCUUCUGAGAAAUUUGGUUAUGCAAUCAAGGUUCCCUUCGACGAAAUAACAGAGGAAAAGUUGACAUAUGCUUUGAACGAAAUUUUAAAUAAUCCAAAGUACAAAGAAAAUGCUAAGAGGAGGUCGGCCAUUAUGCGUGACCAACAAGUGAAGCCCAUAGACAAAGCUAUUUACUGGAUAGAAUACGUUAUCCGUCACAAAGGGGCACAUCAUCUCCAUUCUGCAGCUCUGGAUUUGGAAUGGUAUCAACGAUCAAUGCUUGAUGUUCUCGCAAUUAUAACACUUACCGUUUUUACUCUAAUUUACAUACUGAUUACCGCCUUAAAAGUGGUUUUCAACAAAACACCUGUGAAGAGAACGAAACAAAAAAAGCAGUAAAGAGGAUUUUAUAAUCAUGAAAUUAACGAGAUUUUAUUGUAUAAUGUAUUGAAUCGUUUUUGUAUUUUGAAUAAAAUGAUGUAUAACGAAAA